AUGGCAUCGAAGGAAAAAACGGCCAAGCUGAGCAUCCAGCUCAAGACCCCCAAAGGGACUAGAGACUGGAUGGGUACCGACAUGAUACUACGUGACCGGAUAUUCGAGUCGAUAGUAAGCGUUUUCAAGCGUCACGGCGGCACCUCCCUAGACACACCUGUCUUUGAACGGACGGAGAUCCUGGCCGGCAAAUAUGGCGAGGAUUCCAAGCUCAUCUACGAGCUCGCGGACCAAGGUGGGGAGCUAUGCGCGCUCCGAUACGACCUGACUGUCCCCUUCGCCCGCUGGUUGGCCAUGAAUUCUACAGUACAGCACAUCAAGCGGUAUCAGCUUGCCAAAGUCUAUCGGCGGGAUCAACCGGCGGUAGCCAAGGGACGAAUGCGCGAGUUCUACCAGUGCGAUUUCGACAUUGCCGGCAUCUAUGACCCUAUGAUUCCCGAUGCCGAGAUUGUCCGUAUAAUAGUGGAGGUGUUCGAGGCGCUGGGGCUUCGUGAGGACAUCACGAUCAAGAUCAACCACAGAAAGAUCCUUGACGGCCUGUUCACGGUCGCCGGUGUCCCUGCCGAUAAGAUACGUUCCAUCAGCUCUGCGGUUGACAAGCUUGACAAGAUGCCGUGGGACCAGGUAAAGGCGGAGAUGGAGGAGAAGGGACUCGAACCCGCAGUUGCCAACAAGAUCGGCGAGUACGUUAAGCUUGAGGGUGGCCGAGAGCUCGUGGAUACCCUCAGAUCCGACCCUGAGCUAUCCGCGAAUGCGGAUAUUAAGAAAGGCCUCGAUGACCUGGAACUCCUCUUCAGCUACUUGGACGCGCUUGAGGUGGCCGACAAGGUCUCCUUCACGCUCUCCCUUGCCAGGGGCUUGGAUUACUACACCUCACUGAUCUUCGAGGUUGUCACGCCGCUUUCCGCCCCAGCUGAAGGGUCUCAGGGCAAGACUAAGCGGAAAGGCGGCAACGAUGAGGACCUAUCAAACGAUCCUUCUGUUGGAGUUGGAAGUAUUGCGGCGGGCGGGCGUUACGACGACUUGGUCAACAUGUUCAGCCCAAAGCGUCAGAUCCCAUGUGUCGGCGUGUCUUUCGGCGUGGAUCGGAUUUUCACCAUUAUGAAGCAACGGCUCGAGAAGGAGCAACGAGAGCAAGGGAAAGCCAGCCUGCGAUCCAGCGAAGUUGACGUUUUCAUCAUGGCAUUUGGCGGGAAGACGUUCAACGGUUUCCUUCUGGAGCGGAUGUCUAUAGCCAGUGAACUGUGGAAGGCGAACAUCAAGGCCGAGUUCGCAGCCAAGGUCAAGCCGAAGCUGCCACAGCAGUUCAAGGCGGCCGAGGCCGGCGGUGUCCCUAUUGCUUUGAUCCUCGGUGAGGAUGAGCUGGCGGCGGGCAAAAUCAGGUUGAAGGUCCUCGGGCUACCCGAUGGCCACCCAGACAAGGAGGGAUCGCUGAUUGCCAGGACGGAUCUGGUAUCAGAAGUCAAGAAGUUGUUGGCAUCGGCUUAG